AUGCUGAAGAUCUCAUUGCUUGCAAGGGACAACAACAGCGAGCCCAAGUCCUUGGAUGAUGGGUCCAAGUCACUCUCGGAGAGCAGCAGCAGCAUCACUUCAGAGAGUGUCCGUCCUGAAGAGGAAGCCAAUGGAUUAUCGAUUAUGCAAACCUUGAUUCACUUAUUGAAAUGCAACAUUGGCACGGGGCUCCUGGGACUUCCUCUGGCCAUGAAAAAUGCCGGCUUAUUGGUCGGUCCUUUCAGCCUGCUUGCCAUCGGGAUCCUCACCGUGCACUGCAUGGUCAUCCUGUUGAACUGUGCUCAUCACCUAAGUCAGAGACUGCAGAAGACUUUUGUGAACUAUGGAGAGGCCAUGAUGUACAGCCUCGAAACCUGCCCAAACACCUGGCUGAGGACCCACUCAGUGUGGGGAAGGUACACUGUCAGCUUUUUAUUAAUCAUCACCCAAUUGGGCUUCUGCAGUGUUUAUUUUAUGUUUAUGGCAGACAAUUUACAACAGAUGGUGGAAGAAGCCUAUGUGACCUCCAACACCUGCCAACCCAGGAAGAUCCUGGUGCUGACCCCCACCCUGGACAUUCGUUUCUACAUGCUGACAGUCCUGCCCUUCCUGAUCCUGCUGGUGUUUAUCCAGAACCUCAGGGUGCUGUCCGUCUUCUCAACACUGGCCAAUAUCACCACCCUGGGGAGCAUGGCUCUGAUCUUUGAGUAUAUCGUGCAGGAGAUUCCAGAUCCCAGGAACCUACCCUUGAUGGCAAGCUGGAAGACUUUCUUGCUGUUCUUCGGUACAGCCAUCUUCACGUUUGAAGGCGUCGGUAUGGUUCUGUCUCUCAAAAACCAGAUGAAGCAUCCACAGCAGUUUUCUUUUGUUCUGUACUUGGGGAUGUCCCUUGUCAUCGUCCUCUACAUCUGCCUGGGGACACUGGGCUACAUGAAGUUUGGGUCGAACACCCAGGCCAGCAUCACCCUCAACUUGCCCAAUUGCUGGUUGUACCAGUCGGUCAAGCUGAUGUACUCCAUCGGCAUCUUCUUCACUUAUGCCCUCCAGUUCCACGUGCCAGCUGAGAUCAUCAUCCCCACCAUCAUCUCCCAGGUGUCAGAGAGCUGGGUGCUGUUUGCAGACCUGUCUGUCCGCACGGCCUUGGUCUGUCUGACCUGUGUCUCAGCCAUCCUCAUCCCCCGCCUGGACCUGGUCAUCUCCCUGGUGGGCUCCGUGAGCAGCAGUGCCCUGGCCCUCAUCAUCCCGCCCCUCCUGGAGAUCACCACCUUUUACCCUGAAGACAUGAGCUGUGUCACCAUUGCAAAGGACAUCAUGAUCAGCAUCCUGGGCCUUUUGGGGUGUGUAUUUGGAACAUACCAAGCCCUCUAUGAGUUGAUCCAACCCAUCAACUAUUCCAUAGCCAACACCACAGCUGUCUAUGCAUAA